UUUGCUCUAAGCUCACCUGCUCAGUGCCAGCACGUGUGCCGUCCUCCAAUUUCACUCACACAGUUUGAAUAACGGGAUUUCAAGGAGGUGUAAAAUGGCAUAUUCGGCAUUCUUCAUUCCUCUUUUUUUAUUUAGUCACAUAAUCCUUGCAAACAGUUUCCCACAGCCACAACCUGAUUUUCACACACGCCUGAACAAAAGCCAACUAAAGAAAUAUUUCUCUGUAGAUGAACAUGAGAAAGUUCCAGAAUACAAUUUGGUGAACAUUCGGAUGCGAAGAUCCAGCAUGGCACCUAUAGAAAAGCGCUCUUCCACUGAACCUGCAGAAGUAGAACCUUCCACAGACAUUCUAAUUCAAACAGAUUCCAUUUUCGGUCACGCUGUCCAGUUGCAGCUCCGAAGGAAUAAUCUUUUACUUGCACCAUCCUUCAAGGCAAUCAAAGUUGUAGAUAAUGAAGAACAAGAGCUUCCUCAAGGGCCUGGAAUCGUCUGUCAUUAUGUGGGAUAUAAUGGAAGCAUAGGAGCAGCUUUGAGCAACUGCGCAGCUAGGGGAUUUUCGGGCAUGUUUCUACUACCAGAUGGCAGUGUUCAAGUUCAACCUGUUGAAGAUGACUUAGCUGAAAUUCUUGAGCUGAGCCUUCCUCAGGACAAGAGCAGCCAAUCCGAAGAAGAAAUAUUACAUCUCGUUUUCAAGCCAAACAACAAGAAAAGGCUCUCAGUUCCAGAUGGUAAGCGAAUAUCACACGCCUUUCUUCCCAGACCAUACUUUCUUCGUAUUUGUUGAAAUGCAGAUUGUGAAACGUUGUCCGUUUCUAAUGUUAUUUUAAUUAUUUUUUUUUCUUUUUGAACGUGAUAUUUGUACAUGAAAUCUUUAAAUACAUUACUAGUUAACUACAUAUGAAUAAGUAUUUCUCCAGCACAGAUACAAAAGAACCGUAGCUAUAGUAACCAUGAAUUCGUUAUUAAGAAGGACGACAGCUUCUGAAGAAUAAAAUAAGCUGGAAUCUUUAGAAACAUUUAAAAUAAAUUAAAAAUUUAAAAUGUUAAAAAACACAAGACGAUUCGAUAAUUUAAUUCAGUUCCUUUUAAAACGGUUUUGCAUUUUAGGCCACGUUUUUACUGCAAGAUCGUUUUCCAAAGGCGGAUGGUGGUAUAGCUGAAAUGACUAAAGCUUGUUUCUCUUUAAUUAUCUGUCCAAUGUUUUACCUUGCUUGAUCGAAGUUUCCAAGUUUCACUACGCAAAAGAUAACUUAA